CAGUAGAAUUGACGGGUCGGCAAAUCAAGUUACCGUUCCCAAGCUUCCCGAUUAUUCUAAAGAUGGUUGAGACUAACCGUGCACCCCAAGAGACAGAGAGCAGAUGUCUCCUCGAGUCAGAGCUGCGGGCACUGUUGCAGCAAAGGAUCAUGAUCCUGGAUGGCGGUAUGGGAACUAUGAUCCAGCAGCUGAACCUUCAAGAGAAUGAUUUCCGGGGGGAUGAAUUUAGAGAGCACAAGUACACUCUUAAAGGAAACAACGACCUGCUAAGUAUCACAAAGCCGGAUGCCAUCUACAAAAUUCACAAGGAAUAUCUGGAGGCCGGCGCGGACAUUAUCGAGACCAAUACAUUCAGCGGCACGUCUGUUGCUCAGGCUGAUUACGGACUCGCACACAUGGCUUAUCGUCUGAACAGAGCAUCAGCAGAGCUAGCAAGAAGAGCAGCCGAUGACGUCGCCAAACAAACUGGACGUAAGCGGUACGUGGCUGGGGCAGUUGGCCCAACCAAUAAAACACUGUCUGUAUCACCUUCUGUGGAGAGACCUGACUUUAGAAACAUCACCUUUGAUGAGCUUGUUGAAGCCUAUUUGGAGCAAGUCAGAGGUUUGUUGGAUGGAGGAGCGGACAUAAUUUUGGUUGAAACCAUCUUCGACACAGCCAAUGCAAAGGCAGCACUGUUUGCCCUGGAUCUGCUGUUUGAGAAGAGCUACGAAAGGAAACCUCUCUUUAUAUCAGGAACCAUUGUUGACAGGAGUGGGCGUACUCUGUCUGGUCAGACAGGAGAGGCCUUUGUAGUGAGUGUAUCACAUGCUAAACCAAUAUGUAUCGGUCUCAACUGUGCCUUGGGGGCGACAGAGAUGAGACCAUUCAUCGAGGCCAUAGGAAAGAGUACCACUGCUUUUGUAAUCUGUUACCCCAAUGCAGGUCUCCCCAACACGUUUGGAGCUUAUGAUGAAAGUCCAUCACUCACAGCCUCCAAUUUAAAGGACUUUGCAGUGGACGGACUCGUGAAUAUUGUAGGAGGCUGUUGCGGCACGACUCCAGCACACAUAAGAGCUAUAGCAGAAGCAGUCCAACACUGCCAACCGAGAGUUCCUGUGGAGGACAUUUUUCAAGACUACUUGCUGCUCUCAGGUUUGGAGUCAUUCAAGAUAGGCCCUUACACCAACUUUGUAAACAUUGGCGAGCGCUGCAAUGUGUCCGGGUCACGCAAAUUUGCCAAGAUGAUUAUGGCUGGGAACUAUGAGGACGCUUUAAGCGUUGCGAAGGCGCAGGUGGAGAUGGGGGCCCAAGUCCUCGAUGUCAACAUGGAUGAGGGGAUGCUGGAAGGUCCGACAGCCAUGGCUCGAUUUUGCAAUAGUAUCGCUUCUGAGCCAGACAUUGCACGGGUUCCUCUGUGUAUUGACUCAUCUAACUUCGCAGUGAUUGAAUCCGGAUUGAAAUGCUGCCAGGGCAAAUGUAUCGUCAACAGCAUAAGUUUGAAGGAAGGCGAGCAGGAGUUUCUGCUGAGAGCAGCAACCGUGAAGCGCUACGGCGCUGCUGUGGUGGUGAUGGCCUUUGACGAGGAAGGCCAGGCAACAGAUACAGCCCGCAAAGUGGAUAUCUGUACCCGAGCUUAUAACCUAUUGGUUAGCAAAAUCGGGUUUAAUCCCAAUGACAUCAUCUUUGACCCGAAUAUCCUGACUAUUGGCACCGGCAUGGAGGAACACAACGACUACGCCGUCAACUUCAUCUGGGCCACGAAACGUAUUAAGGAGACAUUGCCAAGAGCCAGGGUGAGUGGAGGUCUCUCCAACCUGUCUUUCUCGUUCAGGGGAAUGGAGGCCAUCCGAGAAGCUAUGCAUGGAGCAUUUCUCUAUCAUGCUAUUAAGGAUGGCAUGGAUAUGGCUAUCGUGAAUGCUGGGAAUCUGCCUGUGUAUGAUGAUAUUGACAAAGAACUGCUAUUACUGUGUGAAAACCUGAUCUGGAACAAAGACGUUGAUGCUACAGAGAAACUUCUGGUCUAUGCGCAAAACAACGUGAAGGAAGGGAAAAAAGUGGUUCAGACCGACAAGUGGAGAGAAAAAAGUUUGGAAGAGAGGCUGGUGUAUGCCCUCAUUAAGGGAAUACAAACCUAUGUGGUACAGGAUGUGGAAGAAUGUCGGACACAUGCCGAUCACUACACCCGCCCCAUUCAUAUAAUUGAGGGUCCUUUGAUGAAUGGCAUGAAGGUGGUCGGAGAGCUGUUUGGUGCGGGCAAGAUGUUCCUCCCACAGGUCAUUAAGUCAGCUCGCGUUAUGAAGAAGGCAGUGGGCCAUCUCAUUCCUUUCAUGGAGAAAGAGAGGAAAGAGAAGAUAGCUUUGUCUGGAUCAACUGAAGACAUAAAUCCUUAUCAAGGCACUGUCAUUCUCGCUACAGUGAAAGGUGAUGUCCACGAUAUUGGCAAGAACAUUGUAGGUGUCGUCCUGGGUUGCAACAACUUCAGGGUGGUUGACUUAGGUGUGAUGGUUCCUUGUGAUAAGAUUCUCAGAGAGGCCAUCCAACAAAAAGCAGACAUUAUUGGAUUGUCCGGUCUGAUCACCCCCUCUCUAGAUGAGAUGAUCUAUGUGGCCAAAGAGAUGGAGAGACUGGGAAUGGCAACACCAUUGUUGAUCGGGGGAGCCACCACAUCAAAGACUCACACAGCAGUGAAGAUUGCCCCGCGCUACACCUCUCCUGUUAUCCAUGUUCUGGACGCUUCUAGGGGUGUGGUGGUGUGCUCUCAGCUUCUGGAUGAUAGCGCGAGAGAGGACUACUUUGAAGACCUGAAAGAGGAAUAUGAAGAAAUAAGACAAGAGCAUUACGACUCCUUGAAGGACCGUCGUUAUCUGUCUCUGUCCCAGGCAAGAGAAAAAGCUCUACAUAUUGACUGGCUAUCAGCGACUAAACCAGUGACUCCUCAAUUGGUUGGCACCCGUGUGUUUGAUCAAUACGACCUGACCAAACUGGUUCAAUUCAUCGAUUGGAAGCCUUUCUUUGAUGUCUGGCAGCUCAGGGGGAAAUAUCCCAAUCGAGGUUACCCUAAGAUCUUCAAUGACAAGACGGUUGGAUCGGAGGCACGUAAAGUUUUUGAUGAUGCCCAGCGACUGCUUAACCAAAUGACUGUUAAUUCAAGUCUGACGGGGCGAGGAUUGGUGGGGUUCUGGCGGGCCCAGAGUGAUGGUGACGACAUCAACGUGUACAAUAAUUAUGAUACAGUGCACAGAGAUUCCAAGCCAAUCUCAGUAUUCCACGGUUUACGGCAACAGGUGGAAAAGGAGGGUACAUGUUCAGAACCCUACCUGUGCUUGGCAGACUUUGUGGCACCCUUAGACAGCGGCCUGGCAGACUACAUUGGAUUAUUUGCUGUGGGAGUGUUUGGUGCUGAAGAACUGAGUCAGCAGUUCCAGGCUGAGGGAGAUGACUACAGCAGUAUUAUGGUCAAAGCUCUGGCUGACCGACUGGCAGAGGCAUUUGCCGAGGAGCUACAUGUCCGUGUGCGCAAGGAACUUUGGGGCUACUGUGGUGGUGAGUCUCUCCAGACCUCAGACCUCCACAGGGUUCGUUAUCAAGGUAUCAGACCAGCCGCAGGCUACCCAAGCCAGCCUGAUCACACUGAGAAGAUUGUAAUGUGGAACCUGGCUGGAAUUCAGGAGAGUAUUGGUAUUGCUCUGACAGAGUCACUGGCAAUGACGCCCGCUGCCUCAGUCUCUGGACUUUAUUUCUCCAACCCACAGGCUUUAUACUUUUCUGUCGGAAAGAUCACCAAGGAGCAGGUGGAGGAUUAUUCAAGAAGGAAGAAGAUGAGUGUAGAGGAGAUCGAGAAGUGGCUCGCUCCCAUCCUCGGUUACGACAGUGAGGUGUAGAACCGCACCGCACCGCCACCGAGCGUGACAACAUCCAGUUAGUAUUGUUUCGUGUCCACCGUCAGUAUCACUUACAAUAGGAGCUGUGCACCAUACCGUAUAUAUAUAUUUGACAGUAUUACUGAAAAACGGUGCAUAGUCGUCAGAAAUGAAAGAUGAAUAAAAGGAGGAAGUGGUGCGGAAAGUGGAUGGAUGGAUGUUAAAGGUGUUGACUGUUUUCAUUCUACAGCUUACUGAACUCAGGCUGCGGUGGCUGAUCUGUUUGAAUGACACUUUGACUUGCUUGAUUGUUCUUUUUCGUUUCAUUUUUUUGUUGUUGUUGAUGGAAAUGUUUUUUAUUUAAGAUUGAUGUUAAACAGAAACAAAUUAUAUUGGUGUUACACUUUUUUUUAAAUUGUCAAAAAUAAACUUUUUAGUAUCUGA